UCACCCCGCCACCGGCGCCAUCUUGAAGUUGUGUAUUUGUGUCGAUUUGUGUCGCCCCUCUCCUGUCAGCAGGAAAAUUUGUGAAAUGUUUUCGUGUUAUUCAACAACACCGGUGUUUAUUUUUGUUUCUAAGCCUUUGGAAUAGAUUUAUCUUUAUCGAGUCUUUUGAACUCCGUUCACCAUGUUUUACGCACAUUUUGUGUUGGCCAAGAAGGGCCCUCUGGCCCGUAUUUGGUUAGCGGCACAUUGGGAUAAAAAGCUCACUAAGGCACAUGUCUUCGAAACCAACAUAGAAACAUCAGUUGACGGUAUUCUGAGACCAAAGGUGAAAAUGGCUCUUCGAACCUCUGGUCAUUUGCUGCUUGGAGUUGUAAGAAUAUACUCUCGCAAAGCCAAAUACUUGUUAGCUGAUUGUAAUGAGGCCUUCGUCAAAAUUAAAAUGGCCUUCCGGCCUGGUAUGGUGGAUCUGCCUGAAGAACACAGAGAAGCAGCUGUUACUGCUAUCACUCUCCCAGAAGUUUUUCAUGACUUUGACUCCGCAAUGCCAGAACUCAAUGAUGUAGACAUAGAAGCUCAGUUCACACUAAAUCAAUCACGUGCUGAAGAAAUCACCAUGCGUGAAGAUUAUGGAAACAUUACUCUAGUUCCUCAUGAUGAUGGAUUUGGGGACAUGGGUGCGUUUGAUGCUGACCAUACUGACCUCAUGCGUAGCCCACAUGCUUUGGAGCCAUCUUUGGAGCAGCAUAAUCUCUUGUUUUCUGAUGGCCCACCUGUGGAUCUGGAAGAUAAAGACCUGCGUGCUGUGGGUGGCCACUCAAUUCGAUCAGCCCUUGAGAUGGAUGCUCCAAUUCGAGACGAUGGUUUUGGUGGAAAUCUUGGCCAAGAUAUUAUUUCUGGUGGUCUCUUUGAAGGAGGUCUAUUUGAUGAUGCACCAAUUGGGGAUGCAGUAGACACCAAUGCCCUUCUUCAAAGUGUCAACCCUCUCCAUGACAAAGAUCUGUCUGUUGGCCGUGAUCUAGACAGUGAUGAUGACAUGGGAGACCACUAUGAUGCUCCUCCAUCUGUGGGACGUGAUAGCUCUAAUGGUGAUUCCAGACCUGGUACAGGUCUAGGGAAUUUGGAUCCAGACAACCAGCUUCUUAUGCCAGAUGCCCUUACUGCCCCUGAUGGAGCUUUCUUAAAUUUAGAAUCCUCUAUUCAUCACCCUAUGGUUGACAACACCAUUAGCCUCCAUCUUCCAGAGGACCAUAUGGCUGAAAGUGGUAUGCCCGAGCAAACAACUCUUUUACAAAACGAAGAAGAAAGCUUUGCAUUGGCUCCAGUUGAUGCCUCUGCUUUGAAAGGCUUUACUAAGGCUAAGCGCAAGAGGAAACUUAUUGUGGAUGAGACUAAGAAUAUCUCCGGAGAGGAAAUGAAGUCACAACUGUCUGAUACAACUGACAUUGUGACUACAUUGGACUUGGCUCCCCCAACUAAGCGGUUGAUGCACUGGAAGGAAACUGGAGGUGUUGAAAAGCUGUUUGCUUUGCCAGGCCGUUCUCUUCCUGCUCGGUGUCUCUUUAAGAAUUAUCAGAGACAUUUGACUAGUAGAACAACUAUUACUGCUGAAGACCAGAACAUUGACUUAGAAAGAGAUCCUCUUCCUUUGGAGGGUAUGGAUGAACUCGCUCCUCCCCCUCAACCAGAACCGGCACGGACAACAAGGGCAUCACGCAAACGCAAAAUCGACCAUGAAGAGGUUCCUGCUGCACAGCGCCGGGCUGUUGAAGAUGAUGAUGAAUUACGUAAUAUGGUACCGCAAGGCUCCAUGAUGGGUGGUCAUGGUAGCAUGAUGGAACCACCAACUCCACUAGGACAGUUAGAUCAAACACCUGGUGGGCCUAUGUCUAUGCCUCCACCAUACAUCGAUGGUGCCACCCCAGGAGGCCCUCUGUCUGUAGCUCAGUCUUACAUUGACCCUCAGACUCCCGGUCCUAUGUCUUUGAACCCAUCAUACAUUGACCACAGUUCUACACCGUUUAUGGACCCACACAAUUCUGUUCCACCACCCUAUCUAGAUCCUAACACACCUGCAGCCAACCUGGAUCAUGACAUCCCAGAGCUUCCCAUUGAUCAGAUGACCAUGUUAUUGGGUCAGCAUGAGCCGUCACUAGGAAUGCAGACUCCAGUGGCACCAGCAGGACCUCAUCAGCCAGACCUGACAGCCGAGCAGCAAGCCAUGAUGGAAAAUGUCGGAUAUGAUCAUCAGGACAUGGCAAAUGUGGGCUAUGACCAUUCAGAUCAUCACUUGCCAGCUAUGACUCCCGGAGCUGUCUCUGAACGAGGUCCCAACACACCCUGGAACAACGAUGAUUAUGAAUUUCCCCAUUCUGCUGGACCGCCAGAGGAGCAGCAGGGUGACGAAACCUAUGAACAGUUUGAAGAGAGGGUAACAAACAAGCGAGCUGCCCAAAUGUAUUCUGUGAUCAAGACAAAGUUAGCAACUAAGGAGAAUGGUGCAGGUGUUUAUUUGUCAGAAAUGACUUACAGGAACAACCGCAAACAGGCUGCCCAGAAGUUUUAUUCUAUGCUGGUUUUGAAGAAACACCAUGUUAUGGAGCUCCAACAAAAUUCAUCUUAUGAUGACAUUCUUAUGACUAGGGGAGCUAAGUUUGACAAUCCUUGUUUGUAGAGUUUUAAAGUGUUGUUCUAGAUUAAGAUAAUAAGAGCAUGUGGUUACCUGGGCUCCAGUUUUUGCCAUGGAGUUUUCAAUUUCUUGAAUUCCAAUACUGUUUUCUGUACCUUUAGUUUCUGCUUUAUUUUUUUAAUUGUCAGUUGUAAGAGGUUUCUAAAAUUUAUUUCAUGUGUCCUUGUAUUCAAGUAUUGUAUGUACCAAUUUAAAUUGUGUAGCCAACAGCAAUUGCAGCAUUAUCGAAUUCAAAAUAAGAUUUUGAAUCACCUUAAUACUGCAGAGGUAUUGAAGUGCAUUCACACUGAUAUUUGUGAAUUUGUACUCUUCAGUGCCUGUGGAAGUUUGCACCAUGAUUGGACGCAUUGUGAUUGAGAUCAGAUAAUGUUCACAAUGGUCACAAUCAUUGUGACCAAUGGGUUGUUGCAUGUAGAAGGUUUAGUCUUGUUUCCUUAAAAUGGUCUCACAAUACCAGAAUUCAUCAUUAAGUACUUUCUGUUGUGUCAACUAUGAUUAAAGGACCAAUGAAACAAUUUUGAUGAGACCUCUUGCUUACCGUUGAGUGUUUUUGUGUGUUAUAACUUUGGUUUUUCUGUAUUUGGAGAAUAUUUUUUUUCCAAUUAUUGGAAAUGAUGGUCUAUGAUGUGGACAUUGUAUCAGUGUAGUUUUCUUUUGCUUCCCAUUCUUUGGUGUCUUGUGACUUUAUUCCCUGCAAAACACAUUGCUCUUAUUUUUGUACAAAUUUUAUUUUAACUUUUGUGAAGUGAAGCAUAAUUCUUCAAAGGUUUGUUGACUUAGUCCAAAGACUAGAAAAUACUUUUUUUUCACCUUUUUUACGAAAUAUUUUAUUUUGUCUUAAUUUGUUUUCCACAAAUUUAAACAUAUUGUCAUCUUUUCAUUUGAACAUUUGAAAUUUUCCCUAAGUCUGGAUAUGUUAAGUUCCUGUGUUUUUGGAAAUGUUUUGGAGUAGUGAGUCACUUUAUUUUGUGACAAUGGUGUUAAAAACGUAUUUUACAUAUUGUUUUAGGUGAAAUUUAUCUUUUGAUUACUUGUUAGCUGCCUGUACAUUGGUAUUUAAUUAUAUAGAGAGAGCUUUUAAUUAUUAUUAUUAUUAUUAUUUCUGUAUUGACAUAACAUGCAUACCUAAAAUGUUCCAAGUUAUGUAAGUGUAAUAUGGUUAUAAAAUCUCUAUUGUAGGAAAUAUGUUUGUGAAGUAUUAAUUAUUUCAUGUUAGUGACAUCACACAGCUUAGACAAGAGUCAGUUCUAUGAGAGCUGUUCAUUUACUUCAACUUUGUCAUGGCAUUUCCCUCAAAAUUUUAACCCUACCAGUUUAUAUUUAAAUAUCAUCUUGGUUGCAUUCAUACUGCAAAUGGGAAGGGCUAGAAGUUCCAGGCGCGGAUUCAGGGGGUCACACAUUGCCACUGUAUGUAGGCAACUUUUGCGACAUCCCCCCUUUCUUCCCCCCUAACCCGUUUCUGGAUCCGCACCUGUGAAUUUCCCCCAUUGUUCCCCAUAUUACAGUUAUUUUUUAAUUGCAUGAAUAGCUAAUGAUGUGGCUUCUUAUAGAGGGUCUCCCCAGUCUCCAAUUUCCCUGUCAUGUUCAAAUGUUCUUUAUCAUAUCAUAUCAUGACUGCAAUUCACUACCUUCUUUCUCUGCACAAACAAUAACUAAGUUUUUCUGAUGUCUUUUGUUCAAGUAAGUUCAGCUGCUGGGUGAUUUGUGAAUUUCUUCUUAGAAUUGGGUUUAUGACUGGUCAAUAUUUGUGAAAGCUGUGAUUCCAUAAUCAUGUGAGUGCAUGUGUGUGUGUGUGGUUUUGUAUAUUCUGUGUGUUAAUGUGUAAGUGUUGCACUUCAUAUACAGAUAAGCCAUAAGAUAAGGGUAUGUGGCCAAGAAUUUUCAUGUUGCUAUGAGUUUUCUUUAGAGCAGCUACUUGGGUGUACCUCCAAAAUUUAUGGUUUUAAGUAAAUUAAGAUGCACGAGUGCCUGCCAAGAACAUUAUUCAUAAGUCAUUAGUACCUAUCAUAUUCAGAAUUUUGUCAAUAAUUUGGCAUGUUUUGUUAUGACACCUGGAAAUGUGUAAAUUCAAGUUCUUUUACAGCUUGCCUAUGUGACUCAACCAAUGUUUCAAGCUUUUGAAAGGAACUCCAAUUUGACAUUUUCAAUUACUGCUAUGUCAUGAAACAGUUGUUGCAGGAUGUAUUUAAUGCCAAUACUGGUUGUAUAUGAAAUCACUGCAGCAAUGAGGACCAUUUUAAAACUUAAAAUGUACAAAGUAGAAUGCAGGUGAGCUCUCACCCAUCAUGUGUAAAGUAAUGUCAUGUUACUGUUAUAACUUAUUAUCUCAUUACCAAGUUGUUUAGUGUUGGACUUCUUGUUAAGUAGACACAUUCUACAAACAGUUGAUCUAAACCCAAAUUUUAUAGCGUUAAUGUUAUCAGUCAAUACGGUAAUUGGGUUUUACUUGAUAGUACUGCAUGGGACCUGCUUGAAACAUGAGUUCAAUUUUUGUUCUUUGCCAUGAUGGGUUAACCAUAAUAUCUGUGUGCGGCCUGUAGAGGAAUGCAAGGAGGGUGCCGUUGGAAAGAUCAUGGUUUUCUCUCUUAACCAAGAAAUGGGACCCUAAUUUUCCCCAUGUUUUAAGCUGGUUUGACUGUGCUAAUGAGUCUGGAUUAAGCUUGACUGAACACUGCACAUAACUUUGUCAACAUACCCAACCAUUUUUGUCUUGUUUAUGUUCUCUCAAUUAGUUAGGUGCUGUCUUUAGUCUUGCUGCUGCUUUUGUACUUUUGCUGCAAAUAGAUGUAUUGCCCGAAUGUAGACCAGCAAUGGCCCCUGAAUGUUAUGUCACAGUCUCAAAUGAAAACUGAAAAUUUGGUUAGCUAUUAUAUCAAAAAUGUAUUAUGUUUAACAUCUUUGGGAGGGGUGGGGUUUGAGGGACCUUUCUAUUCAGAUGUAUUUAGACUAAGUUUACAGAAAGGUGUCUUGUACAACUUCAUGGCUUAUAAGCAGUGUUUACAUCACUCAUUUCAAUUGAAAUAAAUGUUCUAGCUGUGUUGAUAGAA